AUUACGCUUCCAUUUUAGAAAAAAGGGGGAUGCAAUUUCGAAAAAAAAUAAAAUAAUACGGAUUGUCCCAACUUCCACGCAGAGAAUUCCCUUUAAUUUGCCUUUGCUAAAAGAAAGAAAACUGAAGCUCUACAUAACUUGAAAGAAUUAGUCAUGAACAUAAGUGCUGUGGCGGUGACACGUCCCUCAUGUUCACAUCAUCGUGUAAAUGGCUUAAUGCAGCAAGGCAGAAUUAGGAGGGGCAUUCAGAGAAAUGGAGUGUUAUUUUCAUCAAAGCGGCAAUUGCAUGAAUCUGAAACAAGCCGGCAAAAAUAUCCCAUUUUUACCAUUAAGGCUCAGCAGACUUACGAUUCACAAAUCACCAUUCUAGCCGAUAUGCCUCUCUUUGAAUCCCCUCAUGCUUCUUUCGACAGGUACAUGGAGGACAAACCAAGAGUUUUCAAAGUUAUUUUCCCAGAGAACAGAGGAAUUCAACGUCUGAACGAGGAAGAAUGGAGAAUCCGAAUGGAACCGAUAGCCUUCUUGUUCCUCACAGCGUGGCCAGUUGUUAACAUGAGACUUAGAUGCAAAACAAAAGGAAAAGAAUACCCGUCUGGCGUUCCCUCCCAUACCUCUAUGGUUCUUGAGCUCAAAAUUACAAAAUGGGAUCUAGAAGGGCUAACAGAGGGGAGAAAUAAGCCAUCAGAAUUCAGGCUUACUAUGGAGGGAGUACUUUACCCUGAUAGAAAAGGAACAAGAAGCAGAAUCAAAGGUCAUUUCAAUAUGAGCCUUAGCUUCGCUCCACCUCCCAUGCUUGCUUUGAUCCCUCCACAUGUUCACCGGGAUGUCACACAGUCGGUCAUGAAGAAUAUAGCGGAGAGCAUGGAGCAUAAUGUAAGAAAUAAUUUGCUCGCGGAUUACGCAAAAUUCAAGAAGGAAAGCCCCAAAAAUUUGUCUCCACCAUAAAUAAGAUUUUUCAUCUCAGAAAAAUAAGAGAAACGAGAAAACCUUUUCUUUUGUUUUCCUAUUGAAUAACUCUGGUCCAUCAAGUGUGAGUUUUCCUUUGCGUGGCCUUUAGUAUCUGGUCAACUAAUCAAACUAACAAUGAACAUUAUUGGUGUGUAUACUCCUUUGUUACUAGUAAUCUCGUGCACGCAAAGGGAAACAAGCACAAUUGUCUCCCUCA